UUUAAAUGUACUUAAACUAUUAAAUUCAACGCUUUAGAUUUGUCAUUCCUCGUCUGCCUCACACAUAAAUUAACCGACGUUACAAACCCUGUCUCUGAAUGUCUUAGUUUGAAAAACAAACACCAAACUUCCUGCACGCUUCCUGCUUUCUCCGGCUUGGCAGAUAAACUUUCUGCCAGUCUGAGUUGACUGACAGUUUGGAAGUUAGGUGCUACGCGUUCCCAGUCAUUCUUCUGUCGUGGAGACUCAGCUAAAAAAAAAAAAAGAAGCGAUAACUAUAGCAAAGUUCCUUUUCAUGAGGAGAAGUUGGUGAUUUUUCCAGAACAAACAUGAUGUCUCCAGGUGAAUGGACAGGACCGAAGCGACACGGUAUGAAAAAGUAGCAUUACACUGUAUUUUAGCGCUGGACUACGGGUGACAACUCUGUCUGCCGUUGUUACUAUGCCACGCAGGCAGCUAACUUCUACAAAAACAAGAAAACUUUGCCUACAAAUCAAAAGUGUUCCGCGCAGUGUGACAUAUUAUUUUUUCUACGUGGAUUUCCUCAUUGUAAACCAGAAAAAUAAUGACUUUUUGUAGAUACUUGAGGGGGAGUGGGAGGGUACUCGCCAUUGUGUUCGUUGCCUCAGUCAUUUGGCUUAUGUUUGACAUUGCUGCACUGCGCAUGUCACUAAACGAUGUGCACACUGAGUUGCUGAAAGAGCGAUUAAUGAGACAGAGAGAAGUUUUUGAACAGAAGUCCAGGGUGACAGAAUUCAUGACAAGGAUGUUUAAACACCCAGUGCAGAAGGUCGACUCGGCUGUAAACCAUGCGGGCGAAGCAGCUCUUGGUUCACGCAUCAAACUGUUCAAAGCGUACAGACGAGGAGACAGGAGACUGGACCAAAGGUUAGCGGACAAAAAGGUGCAUUCUUUUGAGUUUGAACAACAAGAAGGAGCUGCCCUGCAAAAUGUCACUUCAAAGCAGGGUGUUACUGCAGAGAAAAAUGCUGUAAAGCUGGAUAUAAAUAGGCCAGAAUUAGAACAUACUAGACUAACGCGUGUCUUAUAUACAGGAGAGUCUAUUAAAACCCAGGUGUCAGAUGAUGCUCAGAAAAACAAACAUAGCCAAAUAUCAGAGAUGGUGCACAGUCAAGAUGGCAAUAAAGCACAAGAAUCUGUUGUAAAAUCAGAUUUAUCAACUAACAAAAACAUCGGUGAUGAACCUAAGACCAAGGCUGAAAUAAAAUUGAGUGAGGUUGAUGAGGAACGUCCAGUUAAACCUCCCAUUGAGGAUGUACAAGAAGAGGUAAACAUUAUCGAAUUGAAGGAACAGGUGAGGAUGGUCGACAAGAGAAAUCUAAAUCCAGUGAACGAACCCACAAAUUCUACCAAGCUUCUAGCAGGAGAGAAAUCGGACGAUAAUCUCACUGCUGUCAGAAAUCCCAGUGUCCACAAAGUGCUCGCUGUGGACUUGACUCUCGCUCCCAGAAAUCCUAAUGCGGUGGGCCAGUUUGGUUGGGCAGCAUUACUUUCUAGUAAUGAAGAUACAGAGGUGAAGAGGAGAUGGAACGAAGGGUAUUUUAAUGUCUACCUGAGUGACCGGAUCCCAUUGGACCGCGCCAUCCCAGACACCAGGCCUGAGAUGUGUGCGCAGAAUCUGGUCCACGAUGACUUGCCUUCCACCAGUGUGAUUUUCUGCUUCGUAGAUGAAGUGUGGUCCACGCUCCUUCGCUCUGUGCACAGUGUACUCAACAGAUCCCCACCACACCUCAUCAAAGAGGUUAUUCUGGUGGAUGAUUUCAGCACCAAAGAAUAUCUGAAGGAGCCACUGGAUGAGUACAUGUCCCAGUUUCCCAAAGUGCGAAUAGUUCGCAUGAAGGAGCGGCAGGGCCUGAUCAGGGCCAGGCUAGCUGGAGCUGCUAUUGCCCAAGGUGAGGUCCUUACCUUCCUUGACUCCCACAUUGAGUGUAACGUGGGCUGGCUGGAGCCGCUCCUAGAGAGAAUCUAUCUGGAUCGCAAGAAGGUGGCCUGUCCAGUUAUUGAAGUCAUCAAUGAAAAGGACAUGAGUUAUAUGCUGGUUGACAACUUCCAACGAGGCAUUUUCAAAUGGCCCUUGGUAUUUGGUUGGGACACAUUAUCACAAGAGUACAUUAAAAGGAAUAACAUGGCCGUCACAGAUCCCAUCAGAUGUCCAGUUAUGGCUGGUGGGCUUUUCUCCAUAGAUAAGAAGUACUUCUAUGAGCUUGGUGCUUAUGAUUCUGGGCUGGAUGUAUGGGGUGGGGAGAACAUGGAGAUUUCUUUUAAGAUCUGGAUGUGCGGAGGAGAAAUUGAGAUUAUUCCCUGCUCUCGAGUGGGACACAUCUUCCGAGGACAGAGUCCUUACAAAUUCCCCAAAGACAAGCACAAAACAGUGGAGCGGAACCUGGCGAGGGUGGCUGAGGUCUGGCUAGACGAGUACAAGGAGCUUUUCUAUGGCCACAGCUACCAUCACCUGCUGGAUAAAACAGUCAUUGACAUCGGCAACCUCACCGAACAGAUUGAGCUUAGGAACAGGCUCAAAUGCAAGAGCUUCAAGUGGUACCUGGACAAUGUGUAUCCCGAUAUGCAUGCUCCUUUAGUCCAAGCUGAGGGCUUGGUCUUAAAUCUUGGCUUAAGAAAAUGCCUCAGUCUGCAGGAAGGCUCUCUGUCCUUUGACAUGUGUAAUCUCAAUGAGCAGAGUCAGUGCUUUAAUUUCACCUGGAUGAAGACCAUUCGUCAGCAGCAGCUGUGUGUCGCUCCCCAAGAUGAGGGAAACGGCCUUGCUUUACAAUUAUGUGACAACACUAAUCCCAAGCUUCGCUGGGAUUACAGGUCAUCCAGUUCAGCUCUGGCUGAGCACAUCAUAGCAGAGUCUUCUUCUUCCCAGCUCAUGUGCCUGGAGGCGGGCUCUCAGGAUAACUCUCUUCUCCUCAACCCGUGUGUGUCCAGCAACAUCUUCCAAAGGUGGCAGUUCACACAAUACCACGCUCAGGGAUGAGACUGACAUUGAAUUUCAUGUGUUUAUCAUGCACUAUGGAGGCCUUCAGUGGCCUCGCAUUAUGGCACGGCCUGUGCUCCAGACUCAGAACACAGGACUGUCCAGAGGAAGCGGGAAACCCUUUGGUGGCAGUAAUAUGUGUGGUGUAAAGCAGAUGGUGUGGGGAUGUGUAAUGUUCCUAAUGUCCUCUUACUGGAUCAGUAUGAGGUGACCCUGAGUUUAAACAGUUGUGCCAGAGGAUGGAGGAGGAAGAGCAUCAUCAUUGUAGACAUGUGAUUUUAGAAAACACUGACACUUGGGAGAAAGAUCACAGAAGUACCUGAUGAUGUCUGAAAACUGGACCAUAAGGUCUAAGAAAUAACACUCCAUGUGAUAAGUUCUUUAUCAGCUUAUCAUUUCACUGCCAACGAUUAAAAUAGGAAACAGGGCCUCAUAGAUUUAACACAUAAAUCUUCCUUGCGCUGCUGGGACUGAAUAAUGACUUGAGUAUAUAAAAACCUUUUUUUUUUUUUAAACUGGUGAGACAUCUGUUUUUCUAGAUGUCAUGUACUCUAUGUUUGAUACAAACAGGUGAAACAGCUGCUUCUCCAGUUUUAAAUACUGUAUUAAUUAGGUGUUUUUUGUAGAAACUGGAUGAAUUUCUUUUUUUUUACACUAGAUGGAACUGUUGGUUCAAAACACCCAAUAAACUUGUGUUGGGAUUUGA